AUGGAUCUUCAAGGCACUCCCAUCGCUCCCGGCUCCCGAAGCACUAAGGUCACCACCGACCCUCGCGCCACUCAACAGCCCAUUGAAGAACCUGCCGGCCCCGUCCCAACCGGCUCUCUCGCCGCUGAGUCCGUUCGUCAAGGCGGUGCAUUCAGCGAGAACCGCGGCGCCCAGCCCGAGGACAUCUCCGCAUCCCAACUCAAGAACACCAAUGCCCACACAACCCUCUCCUCUGCUCCAGCCGGUGGUCUCCGUGAGGAUCGCCAAACAAAGCAGACAUACCCCGAAGCCCUGGGCGGUCAAGGCAACUUCCCGGGUACCCACAUUAGCGGCUACGCUGGCGGCUCGACCGCCGCGAAGCAGGAAAUGGGCAUGAAUACCGGAAACUCUGCGAGUGCAAGUGGCAGCAGCCAGUACAAUGGCGGUAAUGCUUCUUUCGAUGCUGAUGCCGGUUCGGAGCAGGACCCUGGUCGUGCUGCGAUUAAUAAGUUCGAGCACUCUAAUGCUAAGAGUGCAUUCGAUGCUGGUGUUCCUCGGCAGAAGGGCGUGAACACUGAGACUCCCUAUGAUGCUCUGGAGACGGACCAGCGUGCUUAG